AUGGCCAGCUCACUUUCCCAUCCAUCCCAACAUCUACAGACUUUCAAAAUCAAACGUGAGUCUGAGGAACCAUCUCUGCCGUUAUUGGAAAAGAUGGCCUCUCAGCGGUCGCGCUCAUUGUCCACUGGGGCCAAUAUGCAUCCCCUCAGGCCGUCUGAUCUCCGAAAUGAACAGUCCCGACCAGGCAGUCGCAGAAGCCACUUUGCUUCGCGGAAGAACACCCCCAUGCCAGUGGAAUCUAUGUCCCGAAGGGAACACUCGAUGGCGUUACCAUCUUCGGACGACAAGCUGGAGCCUUCAGCGACACCUCAGGAUGCCCAAACCAUCAUAUCCGAGAAUAAAAAUACCAUCACUCGUACGAUCUUGACGUGCAUGCGAUUGUAUGGCUUCAAUCGCUCGUCACGACCUACAAGCACAGCCAAAAGUGGCAAUGGGGUCGAUUCGGAUGUGAAUUUGUCCACGGAGAUAGGGGCAACUUCUGGUACCGACGAAGAUGAGUUCAAAGCGAUGUAUCAUGCAACUUAUCGUGCAUCAACGUUUGCCCUCCGCAAGUAUCUGAAGCAAUGCCCGAGUACCGACGGGGCUGUAAAGGACCUUCCGCCUUUGCUGGACAAAGAAAAGGCAAUGACAUAUAUAGACGAAUUCUUGAGGCUAUUUUGUGGAGAGGUUUAA